GAUGGUCCCCUUCCUGGACAGACAUCUCAUCUUCCCAGUGUUCAACUUCCUGCAGGAGACAGGCCUGUACAACCAGACCGCCAUUCAGAGGGCGCAGCUCACUCUGCUCGCAGAGACGAACAUGAUUGACUGGGCCCUUGAGACCUACACCAUGAUCGGGGAAGAGCAACCGCAAGAGCUUAUCGACAGGCGAGAUUUGGUACUGCAGCAGCUCGAGAAUUCUCGCGAGAAGGUCCUGCCGCUGCUGGAGAUUCUGGAGGAAGAAGAGCAGGUUGAGAAGGUCUCAAAGUGCAAGACCAUCGAGGAGCUCUGCACGACCUUCAGCCUCGACCCGGCCGUCAUUGACGGACUUGUGCACUACGCCAAGCUGCAGUACGACUGUGGAAACUACACCCUCAGCGGUGAGCUUCUGAAGCACUACCGACGGAUGAUUUCACAGGAUGCCGAGCGCCCAAUGAUGACCUCCAAGCAGGUGAGCUGCAUCUGGGGCACUCUAGCGUCAUUCAUCCUGAAUCGUGAGUUCGAGGAGGCUACAGAUGGAGCUGAGAGAGCCGUAGACGUGAUCUUCAAGAUCAACGAGUUCUUGGACACUACGAAGAUGUCCAAGAAGGAGGUCCUCCUCCAGCGUACCUGGCUGUUGCAUUGGUCCCUCUUUCCCAUCUUUACGGCUGAGAAAGUGGAGGUGAAGCUUUUGGACUUCUUCUUGAAUGAGAAGAGCCUGUCUUGCAUCUCCCUCUCUUGUCCACACCUCUUCCGCUACGUGGCUGCGUGCCUGAUCCUUCAGAAGCGCCUCAAGCACCUCAUGAAGGACACCGUCUGGAUCAUCCAGCAUGAGAAUGCCGUGUACAGCGAUCCAGUGACGCGCUUCCUGAUGGCCCUGUACGUGGAUAUGGACUUCGACGAGGCGCAGCACGAGCUGCAGAAGUGCGAGAAAGUGUGCAAGGUAGACUAUUUCCUCGAACGCCACUGGCAGGACUUCCAGGAGAAUGCCCGCUUGCUGAUCUUUGAGACCUACUGUAGGAUCCAUCAGUGCAUCAACAUCGGCAUGAUCGCCUCCAAGCUUAACAUGGAAGCCGAGGAGGCAGAGGUGUGGAUUGUGAAGUUGAUCCAAAAUGCCAAGCUCGAUGCCCGGAUCGACUCGGAGAAGUGCCGAGUAGUGAUGUCCAAAGCGCCUCCUAGCGUCUACCAGCAGGUCAUCGAGAAGACGAAAAACCUUUCGUUCAGAAGUACCAUGCUCCUCUCCAACUUGGAGAAGAGGGAGAAG